UCUCUAAGAAGCAAAUCGGUAAUUGAGGAGGAGCAGAAUUGAAACACUGAUGAGGAAACACCGGUUCAUGCUAUGAAUGUCUGAGGAGAAUUGGAUGUCCCUCGCGCAGUUAUGAAGGGUUUUUACCUGGUGGAGCCUGUUGUUGCCAUCUAUUCAUUCGCAACUUUUUUGGUGUACCCGCUUAUGCAGCAGUAUGUUUACCGGCGUCUCUGGGAAGAGCUGACCAACACUUCCUACCCAGUCGCAGACAUCUCCGGAUGCGCCGCAAACAGCAGUAAUCUCUCACGCCAGUAUGAAGAAGUGGAAAAAGCAGCCUCUCUGUUCUCUCUCUACAACGAGCUUUUCUCCGUGGUCCCCGGCCUCAUCGUCACAGUCAUACUGCUGGCCUACAGCGACCACCGCGGCCGUCGGAUCUCCAUUAUUCUCCCCCUGGUGGGCUCCCUCGUCUAUACCGUCUCGGUUCUGGCCAUCUCCUUCUUCGAGCUCAACAUCAACCUGCUGAUCGUGACCAGUUUCAUCAGCGCCCUCUUCGGCAGCUGGGGCACCCUCCUGGGCGGGUGUUUCUCCUAUGUGGCCGACGUGUGCCACGAUGGCAAACAGAAGACGCUGCGCAUGGCUGGCCUGGACAUGGUGAUCGGCGUGCUCUCCGGCGCGGCCUCCGUCUGCUCGGGCUACUUCCUGAAGGCGACCGGGUUCAACUGGCCCUUCUUCGCCUCCUCCCUCCUCCACGGCGCCAACCUGCUGUAUGUCAUCUUUGUCCUGGAGGAAACGGUGAAGGUGUCCGCGUCUGAGGGCGCUCAGGAGGGCCGGUCCCGUGUGCCCCUGCGGAAGCUGGCCUCCAGGGUGUACCAGCUCUUCGCGACGGCUGACAGGCGGAGGAGCGUCCUUCUGGUCCUCCUGCUCCUCACCUUCACCAUUUACUGUUUCUGUAACGUAGGCAGCAUGUCCGUGGUCACGCUCUUCGAGCUAAACGAGCCCCUCUGCUGGAGCGAGAUUCUGAUUGGCUACGGCUCGGCCUUUUCCACCAUCAACUUCCUGACCAGCUUCCUCGGUGUGUCCAUUCUCUCGCGCUGCCUGCCCAACCUGCCCAUCGUCAUCAUCGGCCUGCUGUCCAUGACAGCAGGGCUGAUCAUGACUGCUUUUGCUAAAACCACACAGCUCAUGUUUCUGGUGAACGUGCCAAUGAUUCUGGCCAUCAUGCCCGCUCCAGUUUUGCGCUCCAUGAUGUCCAAGAUCGUCUCAAAAUCUGAACAGGGAGCGUUGUUUGGUUGCGUGGCGUUUCUGGAGAGUCUGAGCUCCAGCAUAGCCUUCAUUGCUUUCAGCAGCCUCUACGCGGCCACCGUGGCCUGGUUUCCCGGGCUCUGCUUCCUGGUGGCUGCAGGAUUGUGCAUGAUCCCCAUGGCCCUGAUGGGCGUUGUGGGAUUUUUGGAUUCCAAAGAGGUUGCAGAACCCACGUCCCUCAUUUCUGGAGAAGAGAUGGAGGGCUAGGACACCCCGCCUCUCAGCAGAAAAACCAAGGGUGCAUUUCUUUUGCUGAGGUCAGGUCUCGAAAUACAUGCGGUUUAACAUAGUGAGUUUUUUUAUUUUGACAAGAAUGAAAGCCACAGCUAUUUGAGUGAGUGAUUAUUCUUUCAGUUUAAACGCUGUAGGUCAAAACACUUUAUCGGAUCAUUGCUGAAUUGUCAUUAAAGCACUUUAUUUCUCUUUCCAAAUAGAGGCUAAGGGAAGCUAGUUGCUUCUGUUGUAGUCUUAUUAUGUAGACUGUGGUACGCUGAUGUUGUAGCAUUGGACGAGCUGCACGACAGAGUUGCACAACAAUUCACCAUAUUUCUCAGCGACCUGGAUUUCAGAGAAUUCCUGCUUCCUGUUCCCUUCAAUAGGGAACAGGAAGCAGGUUGUUGUGGAGCAUUCAGAUGAUUGUGUUUUGAAUUUUCUUUAAUAUAAACACAUUUCAUGACAGCGCUAAAAGUAGUAAAAUGCUAAGAAUUUAAUUUUCAAAGAUAAUGCAAACAAUUGAAAACAUGUGGUCUAGAGGAUGUGGAAGAGCUUGCAAACAGAGAAAUCUGACAUUUGAACCUGACCAUAUAAACUAAAUAAUUACUGCUUUAUCAGUUGUAUUAAUAUAAAAGUCAUAGUGCACAACUUAGACAUACUGCUACACUGUAAAAUGAUUUUACCUCACAGUUUUUGAUGGACAGUCAUCAUUAUUGUGAUGUCACAUCCUUCCCACAUGCGUACACUUUAGUAGCAGCUCAUAUAAUUCGCGGCUUGGUUUUCAGUUUGAUACUUGAUUUGUUUAAUUUUUAUUGUUAAGGGACUGUAUAAAUAUUUUAAUUGUUUAUUUUAGAAACACUUUGCACACCAGAUAGUGUGUGUGUAUGAAAAGAGACAGACAAGAUGAGCUCCCCCUGGGUUAUCAGUGAAGCCAUAGUGAUUCUUGGCUAUAUCAGGCCACAUUCACAAAACAUGCUUUGUAGAAUUUAAACAUGCUUUGUGAAUUUAAACAUCUGAUGAAAUAAUACAGAAUUCUGUAGUACAGCAUGUGCUGUAUCUUCCUCACCUCUGUCCUUCAUGUAUUCUCAGUUGCCUGACUUUCCUAUUGUUACAUACAGAAAGGCAAUAAAACCCCGAUCUGAGGAAAUCUGUGAAAUGAAUCACUUAGAAAUCUCAGUGGCUAUAUCACAUUUGUUUCU